ACUGGGAUGAGUGUGUGGACAGCUCAGAGCACGACUGCUCCCCAGCCGCCCGCUGCAUCAACCUCGAGGGCUCCUACACCUGCCAGUGCCGCACAGCCAGGGACGCCAACCCCUCCCGGGCAGGCCGGGCCUGUCAGGGCAACAUGGUGAGUCCCACAGGAGAUGUGCUGUCUGCGGUGACAGGGGCGACAGUCCCAGCUCUCAGAACAGAGACCCCCACCUUGUCACCCAGCCCCGGGCAUCCAUGGAGCUCUCCAGCAGCAGGCCAGGCCUGGUCCCCAGGGCCUCCGCCCAGGAGAGGGGGCAGUGUCAUGGUUGGGCACGACAGGAACAGCACAGGGCAAGGUGUGGAGGAGGAGUCACCGAGAAACUCCACCACAGAGACACUCUCUCAGCCUGUCCCUGCUGAGGGCCCCAUGGGCCACAUUGUGUGGCACGCCAGCCUCCCCACGCAGGAAAUGUCUCUGAACCCCAUGCGGCUGUGGAAUGAGGACCCUGGGCCCUCCCACUCCCCGGACCUGCCAAUGACCCCCACCUCCACAUCUCUGAUGACCCCCGCCUGUGUUCCCGUCCCCAUUGAGAGGAUCACAGUCUCCAAUGUGAGUGGUACCGGCUUCCACAUGGCGUGGGCGGCGGGUCUCACCCUGCGCCCCACUUUCAAGCUCACCCUGAAUUCUGCGCAGGGCCCUGCCAUGGGCCUGGAGACCCGGGACACGAGCGUCACGCUGUCUGGGCUGGAGCCUGGCGUCUUGCACCUGGUCGAGAUAGUGGCUAAAGUCUGUGGGAAAGAGGGAGCCCGCGCACACCUGAAAGUGAGGACAGCGGCCCAGAAACUCAGCGGGCAAGUCAGAAUAGCAAACGUCAGGUAUGCAGAGUCCUUACGCAACAAGAGCAGCGAAGAGUAUCGAGAUUUCCUGGAACUGUUCUUCAGGAUGGUGCGGGAUUCCUUGCCGGCCAACCUGCUUGGCCACAUGGAUGCUGGCAGGAUCAGGAUGGAAGUCACCAGCAUCACCAACGGCAGUGUCCUGGUGGAGUUUGACCUGCUGAUAGUCGCAGACCUGAACGUCAGGGAGGUGUCCGCCGCGUUCCUUGUGUCAUUGCAGAAGGCUUCUCUGCUAGAGGUGGUCAGAGGUGACACCUUCAUUCGGGAUUAUGAUGAGUGUGAAAGACAGGAGGAUGACUGUGUGCCGGGGACAUCCUGCAGAAACACCCUGGGGUCUUUCACCUGCAGCUGUGAGGGAGGAGCCAUGGACUACCAUGUAGAAUAUUCUGGAAGACCCUGUGACGGUGACUCUCCUGGUAACGUGACUGGGGCCCCCGGCACAGAGAGGCUCCCCACCCCAGCAGGAGCCAGGGCUACCCUCAUGCCAGGCACCAGCACUGUCCCCCAGGGCCUGUCCCAGCGGCUGAACCUGACUGGAGCUGUCCAGGUGCUCUGUGAGAUUGAGAAGGUAGCCAUCACCAUCCAGAAGCACUUCCUGCAGCAGGAAUCCAUCCCCGAGUCCUCCCUGUACCUGGGACACCCCUCCUGCAACGUCAGCGACAGCAACAGGACACACGUGCUCCUGAUGGCCAGCUGGAGCGAGUGUGGAACUGUCCUGCAAAGCAACCUGACGAAUACGGUGGUGAGGACCACGCUGCGGAACGACCUGUCCCCAGAGGGUGUCAUCCACCACCUGAAGAUCCUGAGCCCCAUCUACUGUGCCUUCCGGAACGACCUCCUGACAUCCUUGGGCUACACCCCAGAGUGGGGGGUUUACACCAUCAUCGAGGAUCUCCAUGGUGCUGGAAAUUUUGUCACCGAGAUGCAGUUAUUUAUUGGAGAUUCUCCGAUACCUCAAAAUUACACUGUGUCUGCCAGCGACGACGUCAAGAUCGAAGUGGGGCUUUACAGGCAGAAUAGCAACCUCAAGGUGGUCCUGACCGAGUGCUGGGCGACUCCGUCGAGCAAUGCCAGGGACCCGGUCACCUUUGGGUUCAUUAACAACAGCUGCCCUGUUCCCAACACUUAUACCCACGUGAUUGAGAACGGCGACUCCAACAAGGCCCAGUUUAAGCUGAAAAUCUUCUCCUUCAUCAACAACUCCAUAGUCUACCUGCACUGCAGACUUCGCAUCUGCAUGGAGUCCCCCGGAACCACGUGCAAAAUAAAUUGUGAUGACUUUCGGCUGCUGAGAAGUAGUGAAACUGCUGCCACACACCAGAUGUCCUGGGGACCCCUCAUCCGGUCUGAAGGUGCACGUGCAGAUGCAGGACCUGGCCUGGGAGUCAGCUACAUCAUCCCCACCGUUGUGGCCGUCUUCGCUGCAGUGGUGGGGACAGCCACACUUCUCAUCCUGCGCUACUGGAGAAUGAACGGAAAAUACAAUUUCAAAAUCCAGUCUGACGACGUCAGCUACUGGCCAUUCCAGGAACAGGACGUGCCGGCUGCUGGAAGGUCACCAUGAGUCCAGCUUGGUCUUCAUUCAUUGAGCAUUAGCAAGAGUCUCUUCCAUGCAUGCCAGUACUCGGACGAGCCCCAGAGAUGAUGACAACAGCCUCCGCCUGCCCCAGGACAAGCAUCACACACAGGCAGAUGAUAGGCUGUUGGAGAGUGGGACAGAGAGCUGGGGGUGCCUGAAGCUCCAGACACAGAUCCUCAAACUCAUCACCCAGGCCACCUCCACAACCCCAGACCUCCCAACCUUUGACCAUCCAGACCGAUCCAUGUGACUUUUGGGGCUUGUUCACCACCGACAGCCAUUACCCAACAUACUCUGUCAAUUACAUAAUAGUUCACAUUUUCGAAGAUAAUUGACAGUGCUUUUGAAGCUCUUAUUUAGAAAUAGACCAGUCUUAUAACUAUAUUGCUAAUGUUGUAUUUAGCAAAUGUAUAUGCUCUUUAACUUUUCUCCUACAUACCAGAAUAUUUUUAUUUACAUCACAGUAACUCAAAAGGCACCCUACUAAAAUGAAAAUUUUUCUAAGUAGAAAUAACAUGAUAUAUACAUAUCACUA